UCUACAAACUACCAGAAACUCCAUUUCACUAUGAAGGUCAGCAUGACUCAAUUACAUAAUUAACCAAAGAUUCUGUUUGCUCUCUCUGACAGACACACACUUCAUAAUAUUUACAGUAUUCAACCGUCAUUAUAUGAGUAAGAGGGCAACACACACACCUUCCUAUCCAUUCCCUCAGGACAGUUUCCUAAACUAAAAUGAAGAAAAGUCUCAUACAGGUGUUUGGAUUCCUGAUCUCUACUCUCGGCUGGCUGUUUGUCAGCUGCACAAUUGCCAUGGACAACUGGAGAAGCAUGUAUGUAGGAGGCAAAGGGGGUAACUGGAUGAUCAAAGCAUCAUGGUAUUGGUCAAACUUGUGGAAGGAUUGCAUAACAGACACAACAUCUGUUAUUAACUGUAGAGAUUAUGAUGUGCUGUGGGCAGUUACACCGUAUGUUCAUGGUGUUCGAGGGCUGCUGAUAAUAGGGAUGAGCCUGGGGUUUGUCUCCACCAUACUCUGCUUUAUUGGGAUGGACUGUACUUACAUUGGUGGAAGUGUGAAAAUCAAGGAUAAAGUCUUACUCUCUGGAGCAGUAUUUCAUUUUGUCGGCGGUUUGUCAGCUCUUGCUGCAUAUUGUUUAUACACAAAUAGAGUGGCCAGUUCUGCAUUUGCACCCACUGUUGGCAGAAGUAUUAUAAGGUAUGUAAUAGGAGCUCCAAUAUUCCUUGGAUUGGUUGGAAGUUUCUUAAUUAUUCUUGGAUCUAUUUUGUAUGCUGUGACAGUCAUUCCAAAAAGAAAGAAGAAUGCAUCUGCACCAAAAACAUCAACAGCCUCUGAGUCACAUAGCCAGCGGACAACACGUGACACACAGUAUACUAGUGCCUACUAUGCAGUAUCAAGACCCUCCACAGUUUCCAGCCAGUCGAGGAGCUCUCACAUCUCUCGAAUAUCACACUUCACAGAGGAUAAAAUAUCUGCCAGAGAUACUUUUGUAUGAACUGAAGAAACAGUAAAACAGCAAUACAGUUUAUACUGCUUCUGUGCAUAUCUAUUUUUUGAAGAUGAGUUAAAAAAUUAGAAACCUGCUCACAAGUUAAUUAAUUCAAAAAAUUUAUUAAAUUCAUAAUUCACAGUAAUGCAUCAAGUACAUCAUUCGUAAAGUAUUGGAAAUAAAGUUAUUAAAGUAAAGCAACAGCAUUACUGCAAGUGAGAUAUGGCUUUUAAACAGCUGUUCCAGAAACCAGAAGUUAACACAGAGUAACUUACAUUUUUACCAUAACAUGGCCAAUUAUUUUGUUAAUUUUUGCUUCCUGAACAUCCCCUCCAUGAUAAGUGCUUGAUACUAACAAGGUAAAGGAUCCCAGUGCUGUUAUAAUAAAUAUCAGCACUCUUGGAAUGCCACUUGUCCAAUCGGUUUAAAGGACUCAGAACUAACUGUUGUAAAAAUUUUUAUAAGGGUUUUACAUUUUUUAUGUCAAGCACCCCUCAAAAUGAUAAUCCGUUUACGACUGACCACCAUUCCAAAAUUAUAAAGGCAACUAUUUUUAUGUAAAAAACAAACAAACAAACAAAAUAUUUAUAUUGUGUAAGAGGAGUAAGUGUGAACAGUUUGUGCAUAUAAAGGCAGAAUCAAUACAACUAGGCAUUGUUUGCUAAAUUAAACAACUGGCUUUUUUAUUGUCACUGUACUAAAGCAAAAAGUGAUUAAAGUACUAUCCGUACAAUUUUUACUCUGUAUUAUUAAUAAGUAUUUGUAUUACCCACUAUUAUAUUUAUUUGAGAUGAAUUAACCUAAAGAGAAUUUCUUUUGUAUCGGAUGUUUCCCAAUAAAUAUUGUAGCAUUUACAGCAGUGCACACCAGUGUGCUCCAGAGAAAGGAUAGCAGAUACAGGUCACCAGUGCUGGAUAGAUUACCUCUAAACUGUAAUCUGGUACUGAUUACAAAUUACAUUACAUGACUAAAAUUGAAGUCAGUAAUUACAUUUAUUGGAAUAAAUUUUUAAGGUAAUCUAAUCUGAAUGCUUUUAGAUUACUUGUGGAUUACUUCUGACCUAAUUCUUGUUUAUUUGAUGUCAUAUGCAUUAGAGUAGGAUAAACUGGUACCAUUUUGACAUAGUUGUUGCUUGAAUGCAAUUAAAGAAAACUUAAUGGAUCAAAAUAUGAGAAUUUACAUGUUUUUGUGUGUGUGUGAGUACAUUUUUUGAAAGAAGGCACUUAAAAUGUUCUUACUCCAGCAAUCUUAGCAUUACAAAUGCCAUUUAUGUGUGCUAACAGA